GCCGCCACUCCGUCUCCAACCCGGAAGUUGGAACCUCACUCGCGCACUCACUCGGCCGUCCCACGUCCCCCCUUCUUCCCCUGCAACCGGAUCGAGGACCCCGGCACCCGGGCACGGCACCGCCAUCUGCACCGGGAAAAGAAAAAGAAAAAAAGACGAGACGACGUCCGUCUGUCCGUCCGCAGCCAUGAUCUUUCGUCGGCGAGCUUGAGCCUCGUCCCGCAUCUGAUUUGGCUCGCUUCGAGCGUCGCGGCCGCCUCUAGCUCCUCACUCCUCCGUCGCCCCCCAUAUCGUCAUCUACAACAGGCAGCGUCGACACCAACAUCUCAACCAUUCUAGCAACCGCCUCCCUGCAGAACGACAAGAUGCCCGUCCACCACCUCAUGGUCGGCACCUGGACGCCGCCCGGCGCCAUCUUCACCUUUGCCUUUGACGACGAGGCCCUGACGCUCAAGCUCGUCCACCGCACGCCCAUCCCCGAGGACGAGCCCAUCUCGUGGAUGACCUUUGACCAUGCCAAAAAGACAAUCUACGGCGCCGCCAUGAAGAAGUGGUCCAGCUACGCCGUCGAGUCGCCCACGUCCAUCGUCCAUCAGGCUUCGCACCCGAUGCUGCACCACCCCCAGGCAGCGUCCCCCGAGACCAACACGCGCGCCAUCUUCCUCCUCGCCUCACGCAAGCCCCCCAACGCCGUCUACUGCAACCCAUUUUACUCGCACGCCGGCCACGGCACCGUCUUCGCCGUCGACGCGCGCGGCGGCCUCGUCGCGCCGCCCCUCCAGCACUACGCCUACCAGUCCGACUCGGGCGUCCAUGGCAUGGUCUUCGACCCGGCCGAGGAGUACCUCUACUCGGCCGACCUCGCCGCCAACAAGGUCUGGGUCCACCGCCGCCGCCCUCGCGACCUAACGAGGGAGGGUGAUGGUGAUACUAAUUCGCGCUCUCCGGAGCUCGACCUCGUCGGCGCUGUCGACUGCCCGGACCCGCGCGACCACCCCCGCUGGGUCGCCAUGCACCCCUCGGGCCGCUUCCUCUACGUGCUCAUGGAAAAGGGCAACCGCCUGUGCGAGUGCGCCGUCGACCCGGCCACGCGCCUCCCCGUCUUCGACGACGCCCGCGCCUGGCCCCUCAUCCCGCCCGGCAUCCCCGACCGCUGGACCCAGUACCGCGCCGACGUCUGCGCCCUGUCCGCCUCGGGCCGCUACCUCUUCGCCUCGUCGCGCGCCAACAGCUUCGACCUGACGGGCUACGUCGCCGCCUUCCGCCUCGCCGACGGCGACGGCCGCGUCGAGCGCCACAUCUGCCUCAACCCCACGCCCACCAGCGGCGGCCACAGCAACGCCGUCGCCCCGAGCGACUGGUCCGACGAGUGGCUCGCCAUCACCGACGACCAGGAGGGCUGGCUCGAGAUUUACCGCUGGCAGGACGAGUUCCUCGCCCGCGUCGCCCGCGUGCGGGUGCCGGAGCCGGGCUUUGGCAUGAACGCUAUCUGGUACGACUAGUAGGGCAGGGACGCAUAGACAGAGAGGAAGGGGAAGAAUAGAAAAAGUACGUAUGCGUAGCCGACGACGACGACGACAACGUAGACCAGGCCGAGCGCCUUGCGUUGCUGCCUAGAAUCCCGCCAAUCUACCACGUAUACAGUAGUAGACCAUCUGGCGCUGUACUUUUUGCGACCGUCCGCGCUGGACUGGUGACGUUUUACACGAUUACAAUUACAUGAUCAAGCUUUCCUUCCC